CCCUUGGAGGAGUAAAUGGCGACGAGCAUGGGGCUAAUGCAGUGACCUUUACCUCGGAUACUUUUGAGGAGUCGGUUCCCUCGAAGCCGCAUUUCGUCAUGUUUUUUGCCCCCUGGUGUGGCCAUUGCAAAAGGUUAAGUCCAACUUGGGAUGACUUGGGAAAGAAAUAUAAUAGCCAGGAGUCAUCAGAGGUUGUCAUUGGCAAAGUUGACUGCACACAACACACUGCACUUUGCUCUUCCCAAGAUGUGACAGGAUACCCUACACUGAAGCUUUUUGCGAAGGGUGUGGAAGGCGGCGUCAAGUAUCGUGGGCCUCGUGACCUGGCUUCUUUAGAGAGGUUCAUUGCGGAACAGCUGGGAACAGAAGUAGAGGAUGACGGGCAAGCUACAAUCCCAGAUGCCCUCGCAGGGCUUGUGGAGUUCACAGAUGCAACUUUCAAGACCGUGGUGGCUACUGGAAACCAUUUCAUCAAGUUUUACGCUCCAUGGUGUGGCCACUGCCAGAGACUUGCCCCAACCUGGGAUAGUUUGGCCAAGACCUUUGAGCACGAUAAGUCUGUGACGAUCGGAAAGCUGGACUGCACAAAGUACCGAGAGAUUUGCACAGAGUACGAGGUCAAAGGCUACCCAACUCUGCUAUGGAUUGAGGAUGGGAAGAAGAUGGAGAAAUAUUCCGGGGACCGCAGCCAUGGAGACCUCAAAGCCUUUGUGGCAAAGAUGCUAGGGGCCUCGCUCCCCAGUUGUUGUACUCACCACCGAGAACUUCGAGAACGCCAUUGAGCAGGGCUACACCUUUGUCAAGUUCUUUGCCCCGUGGUGCGGACACUGCAAGCGAAUGGCCCCUACUUAUGAAGAACUGGGUCGCAAGUUUGUGGGUCAUGAUAAGGUCAAAAUUGCUAAGGUUGACUGUACACAGGAAGUUAACAGAGGACUGUGUAGCCA